GGAAGGGCCGGGCACCCAGGCGAGGGCGCGGCGGCCGCGCGGGGUGGGGCCCGGCGGGUACGCGCUCGCCGCGUCGACGUGCUGACGCCAUGACGCCCCGGCCGGUGUGUGUCGGUGUGUGUGUGUGUGAGUGUGCGCGCUCCGAGUGUGUAUUUGUGUAUCGGCGGUCCCGCAGGUCCCGGAUGUUGCGGACAGUAUGAGGCGAGCGCAGGGGGACGGGGACCAGCAGCUGUCGCCGCCGCUCUCAGUUCAUUGUGACUGCUAUGUGAAGACUAGAUUGUGCUGGAGAGAAAUCUGGGCAAUCAAUUAGAAACCAGUUAACUUCGGGUCAGAGAUUUCCUGUUAGACAAGACAAAUUAGAGUCUUCCUACUGACUUGGGUGAAGAAAGAAGAGAAAAGAUAAAUCUUUGUCCUGACUUUGGAAAUUUUGUUUAACCUUCAAACUGGCGAUGUCAAGGGUUCCAAGUCCUCCCCCUCCGGCAGAAAUGUCGAGUGGCCCCGUUGCUGAGAGCUGGUGCUAUACACAGAUCAAGGUAGUGAAAUUCUCCUAUAUGUGGACCAUCAAUAACUUUAGCUUUUGCCGGGAGGAAAUGGGUGAAGUUAUUAAAAGUUCAACCUUUUCAUCAGGAGCCAAUGAUAAACUGAAAUGGUGUUUGCGAGUAAACCCAAAAGGACUAGAUGAGGAAAGCAAAGAUUAUCUGUCACUUUAUCUGUUACUGGUCAGCUGUCCAAAGAGUGAAGUUCGAGCAAAAUUCAAAUUCUCCAUCCUGAAUGCCAAGGGAGAAGAAACCAAAGCUAUGGAGAGCCAACGGGCAUACAGGUUUGUUCAAGGCAAGGACUGGGGAUUCAAAAAAUUCAUACGUAGAGAUUUUCUUUUGGAUGAAGCCAACGGGCUUCUCCCUGAUGACAAGCUUACCCUCUUCUGCGAGGUGAGUGUGGUGCAGGACUCCGUGAAUAUUUCUGGCCAGAAUACCAUGAAUAUGGUGAAGGUUCCUGAGUGCCGGUUGGCAGAUGAGUUAGGAGGACUGUGGGAGAAUUCCAGGUUCACAGAUUGUUGUUUGUGUGUUGCUGGCCAGGAAUUCCAGGCUCACAAAGCUAUCUUAGCAGCUCGUUCACCAGUUUUUAGUGCCAUGUUUGAGCAUGAAAUGGAGGAGAGCAAAAAGAAUCGGGUUGAAAUCAAUGAUGUGGAGCCUGAAGUUUUUAAGGAAAUGAUGUGCUUCAUUUACACGGGGAAGGCUCCAAACCUCGACAAAAUGGCCGAUGACUUGCUGGCAGCUGCUGACAAGUACGCCCUGGAGCGUUUAAAGGUCAUGUGUGAGGACGCCCUCUGCAGUAACCUCUCCGUGGAGAAUGCCGCAGAGAUUCUCAUCCUGGCUGACCUCCACAGCGCAGAUCAGCUGAAAACACAGGCAGUGGAUUUCAUCAACUAUCAUGCUUCCGAUGUCUUGGAGACCUCCGGGUGGAAGUCAAUGGUGGUGUCACAUCCCCACUUAGUGGCUGAGGCGUACCGCUCCCUGGCUUCCGCACAGUGCCCUUUCCUGGGACCCCCACGCAAGCGCCUGAAGCAGUCCUAAGACCCUGCCUGUUGUAAGACUCCAUGUAUUUUCCAGCAGCCGCAGCCACUGUCGCUGCACUGACCACCAGGUAGACAGCGCAAUCUGUGGAGCUUUUACUCUGUUGUGGGGGGAAAGACUGCAUCUUGGCCCCAGACUUUUAAAACAGCACUAAAUAAACUUGGGGGGAAGGGGGGAGGGAAGGGCCCAGGACUCCGGGCGGUUUAGCCUAAUGAAAAUCCUGUUGCUGUGUCACUGUGUUCCCUUUGGCCCGGCCAAGUUCCAUACUGUGGGGAUUCAGUUUAGGCGUUGGCCCCGAGGACAUCCCAGCGGUGGUACUUCGGAGAAACUUGUCUGCAUCUGACUGAGCAGAACAAAUGGUCAGGUGCCUGGAGCAAAAAAGGAAAAAAAAAAAAAGGACAUUUAGUUUUAUGAGAAGGAAACAGAAAAGGAGAGAAGAAAGAAAGGAUUUUGCAGAAUUUCUCAAAAUUCAGUUUGUGGAUUCCAGUAGUAUUUAUGUUGAGAGAAAUUUUAGCCCAUCCAGCUGUGCUAAAACUGGGAUAUUUGUGAAACUCCUCGCCACAUCCAGGUAUCAGAAACGCUCUCUUGUUGUUAGCACUUACUGUUUGCAAGAACAGAAUACAGUCCUUCUAUCCUUUUAUGAAAAUGACAAGUGGAGGCGAAAGGGGAAGAAGGUUAUUUGAUCUGGAAGAUGAGUGUUCUGAUGUGGUGGCUUUUGCAAAAAAAAAAAAAAUCUUUAUUGGUGUUGAAAACUGAAAAAAUAAUUCAUCCAGAAUUCAUACUGUCUUGACAAGAACAAUGGUUCUCUGUUUUUAGAUAUUGUGGAAAAUGUUUUUUGGCAUUUUUCUCUGAUUUUAUCCCCUACCCCCCCCCCUUUUCUAAGAAAAAAAAAAUAGAACAAAAAGAAGAGAAAAGAAAAGGAAAUUUUAUUAUUAAUGCUGUGUGAGAAAAGUCCCAGCCCAGAUUGCUCAGCUGUUUGUACCUGACCUGCCGCCUGCACAGGAGCCAGUCCUGUCCCUUCCAGUUCACCCCCUCUUCCUACAGGGGAGAACUUCCAAAUGUUAAUUUUUCUUUUUGAAAAUAUAAAUAAUUGCUAUUUUGUA